GCGAGACCUUUUUGAUAUCGAACCGUCACAACCUAUACCAACCUUUCUAGAUUUAUCUUCACGCUAUUCACGAAUAAUGAAACGAAACGACACCUGGGAUUUGCUUGGACAAGGCGGGACUAGCACCGUGACUAGGGGUAGCAACCGAGGAACGCCAGAUGUCAUGCCCUCACAAAAGAGACGGAAACUGGAACAGCAAAUCAAGCUAAGGGCGCCUCUUGAAGAAAUACAACAACGCCCUCCAUGUCAACAGCUGGAUGCCGAGAAGGACGACCUAAUUAUUCAAAUCGUUGAUUUACAUGAGAUACCAAGCUCUGGGGAUUUGAUUCUCACCGGUUCUACACAGCGAGGAAACAGCGUGACAGCCCAUAUCCGUGGUUUUACGCCGUAUUUCUAUGCUCGACCUAAUGAACCUGGCCCCUUUGGCUCAUCUGAUCAUAUGAAGGCAUUUCACUCCCUCCUUAACGCUGCUACUGGCGUAAUUAACGUAGAGAUCGUCUCUAAAGUAAUCACGGGCGCGACUGGAAAAGCGUGUAUGCUCUUCAAGUUGACUUUCGAAGAUUCAGAAAGUCUUCGUGCUGUACAAAAUACACUUCUGGGUGCCCGAUAUGAUGUCUAUGAAGCGAAUGUGGACUUUGCUACACGAUUCCUAGUAGACCACGAGCUCCCAGGACUGGGCGGUUGGGUCAAGUUUCUUGCCGGAAAGUACAAAAUGGUGGCCGCCGGUGACGCUAAAUCUCACUCUCAAGUCGAGAUCUUGAUUUCACACAACGCUGUAACAACUUGUGCUGAAGACUACCCCACGGCCCCUUUGAGAGUGCUGUCCUUUGAUUUCGAAACCCUGUUCAACCUCGAAGAAAAGAAUUCGAAACCAUCGACAGAUCCAAUCAUUCAAAUAUCAAACAUAGUUUCUCGCCUAGGAGAGGCGAGCCCAUUUCUUCGCGUCAUUUUCACUCUUGAUUCAUGUGAUCCCAUCGAUGUUGACGUCUAUGUGUGUUCAUACGAUACGGAGAGGGAAAUGCUUCAGGCGUGGCAGAGUUUCAUACUCGCUGUGGACCCUGAUGUGUUGACGGGCUACAAUAUCAUGCAUUUCGACCUCUCGUACAUCAUAGAGCGGGUUCAUUUGACAAUGCCCGGCUUUGAUUUGAACUUGAGCCGAUGGAAAGUAUCUUCGAUGAAUUGGUCGCAGCCAUAUUUCUAUGAAGAGCUAUUCCGUGUUAAUGGGUUCUAUAAGAAUGGCCGACCUGGUAAGUAUGUUGAGGUCGAAGGUCGAGUUGUCUUGGACUUGUACCGGUAUUUUACCCGGAAUCACGCUCGGUUCCAGCUUGACAGUUACUCUCUUAAGAACGUCGCCCAGAAGAUUCUUUCCGAUGACCCAGACUCACAGAAGCUAGACAUGGAAUAUACAGAUAUACCAAGAUGCCAGAACGAAAGCUCUGCUACCCGACGCCAUCUAGCGAUAUACUGUCUACAGGAUGCCAAGGUGCCCCUGCAGCUUCUAAACAAACUCUGUAUUUUAGAAGACUACCUGGGGAAGGGUAAGGAGAAACAGGUUCCUUUCGCGAACCUGUUAGCUCCGACACCUUGGCUUGAGGACCUAGGUGUCCAGCUCGCUGAAGCACGGUCUGUCCAAUCGGUCAUCAUCAACUGAUGGCAGGGACUAUUUUUAUGUACCAACAUCUAUAUAUACGAACUAUGUAUUCAUCUGUGUAUCUGUUCCAAUGUGUCGUACGCGACCAAACGUAUCAAGUAUUUCUUCACUGAAUAACAACCAAAUAGCAACUUGAAAUCAC